UGAUAAUACGACUGUAAUUUAUUUUCUACGACAGUUUAAAGGACAUAUUUAAUUAAUUUAUAAUUUGAAUUUUGAGUUGUUAUAUGAUAACAUGGUCUUGGUCACGUACAAAUUAUAAUAUAAAUCUGACCUGUGCAGUAGAAUUAGUUUGUAACUACUAGUUUCAAAAUAUCACCAAUACUAUAAUUUGUAAAAUGGCUUCAAGUUCACUUGUACGAAUACCAUGUCGUUGUAUGAGCAAGAUGGCUAGACAGAAACGCAGUAGAGAACUUGUGGACAAAAUAAUCCGUGUGGAUCAUGCGGGAGAGCUUGGCGCUGAUAGAAUUUACCAAGGACAGCUGGCUAUAUUGGGGAAUACUUCCGUAGGACCAGUAAUAAAGGAAAUGUGGGAAGAUGAAAAGAUCCAUUUAGAAACGUUCAACAAACUGAUUGUUCAACACAGAGCUAGACCUACUGUACUGUUACCUCUCUGGAAUAUAGCUGGAUUUGCUUUAGGCGCAGGAACUGCAUUGUUAGGUAAAGAAGGAGCCAUGGCAUGUACUGUAGCAGUAGAAGCUGUGAUAGGGGAUCAUUAUAAUAGUCAGAUCAGGGACUUGAUGGAAGAUGACCCUGAAAAACAUGAAGAAUUAUUAAAGAUUAUAAAGAAGUUCCGUGAUGAUGAACUCCAUCACCAUGAUACAGGUCUAGAACAUGAUGCUGAAAAGGCACCAUUUUAUAAAGCACUAACACAAGUUAUAAAAGUUGGAUGUAAAGGAGCUGUAUGGAUCUCAGAGAAGAUAUGAUCAUGUGACUUUAGAGAACGUAUAAACUUGGACUUUAGAGAAUUUUUGAUCAUGUGACUUUAGACAAUAUGUACGACCAUUUGUCUUCAGUGAAGUCUAAAAGAACAUACUUUUUUGUAUUUGUUGAGCUUUUUUAUAUAUAAAAGAUCCUGAAUUAUUGAGCAACUGAAUUGAUGUUAAAUUUGUGAAUGAAAAAGUGAAAUAUUUACAUGUAUGUAUGUAUGAUGUAUGCUCAUAAAUAAUUUAUUGGUUUUUA